CUUGGCUGCUCUGCCUGAAUCCCUCCCAGGCAGCUUUUCCACAGGAGAUGCCUGUUGGGAUACAGGCAGCAGCUCCACACCUAAAAAGCACACCGCUGCACUCACUUGUCUCCCGCCCAGGUGAGGGAGGACGCACGGCUGCAGCUGUUCUUCAGGGACAUGUCCUACAGCUCCUUCAAGAACCUGGCCGACGCCUACGUCCAGCGGGAGCUGACAGCCAGCAGGCCCAACGUGAACCCCCAGGAGAUCCAGUUCGCCUACACGGUCCAUCUGACGGCCACGGUGGCGGGGAUCUGCAGCCAGGCAGUGAACAGGAUCAUGGGCUUCGGCACCCGCUACCUGGACGAUUCCUUUGCGCCCUACGGCAAAAUUCUGCAGAAGAGAGAAAAGCUCAGGACAGACCACUGUGACAGCCCGGACUGACACCAGUCCCCACGGUGCCUGGGAACCCAAGGAUGGACGUUUAGUGGCGGGAGGACAAUCCCUGGUGGUGACCUGGAUGUGGGGUGAACUUCAGAGCUGUGGAUUUAAAAUCUUCUAAGGAAAACCCCCAUGAUACUGCCAGCAGUGUGAAAUGCUUGAAGCCCACCUGGCUGGGGGCGAAGAGUCUGGAAAUCAGAGCCCAAAUUUCACCCAGUAUUUGUAUUGUAGCUCCUGCCAAGCGCUUGUGUUGAACCUCAGGGGUUGUUGCUGUUUGUGCACAUGUAUUUAUUUACCGGCUUUUCUAAAUAUAUUUGUGA